CCCACUUCCCACAAUCUCCUCUACACCAUAGAAGUUGUGUUAGUUCUUUUUUAUGAGAAUGGGAAGGAGCCCAAGAUCCAUCUGCCUUCUCUUUUGCUUUCUUGCUUUGGAAAUUUCAUGGGGUGUAUACACCCAAGGAGUGAAUGUAGGAGAGCAUGUUCAUAGAGAAUGUGGCUUCACCAGAUACCCCAACCUAUGCACUGAGUCCUUGUCAGGGUUAGGGUUAGGGUUAGGUCAUGACCCAUAUGAUAUUUUGCAUGCUCUUGUUGAAAAAACUAGAGAUGAGACCAAGAUGUCUACUUCAAUUCUUCCAAAUCCAACCGACCAUCAAGUGGGCCUAACAAGCCAACAAACCCAUGUUCCUAUAGGAUAUUGUAAUGAUCUGAUGGACAUGUCUCUCGCACGACUCAAUCAAUCCAUCUCAGCACUCAAAGACUCCACUCCCAAAAACAAGCAAGACAUCCAAACAUGGCUCAGUGCGGUGAUGACCUUUCAACAAGCGUGCAAAGACUCGGUCAAUGGUCUUUCAGACGAUUUCAGCCGUCAGAUUUCCGGGAAGAUGGACCACUUAUCUAAGCUGGUCAGUAACUCUCUAGCUCUUGUGAAUCGUAUCAACGGUCAGAUGGAGAAUUCCACGGCCCGCCAUCUCACUUCCAAUGAAGAAUUCCCUACGUGGGUGUCCCCCAAAGAUAGAAAGCUUCUCCAGAGCCCUGCAGUGGGCCCGGCAAUACGGGCGAAUGUGAUCGUCGCGCAGGAUGGAACAGGCAAUUUUGAGAAAGUAGCGGAUGCUAUUGAAGCUGCCCAUGGAGGAAGGUUCGUGAUCUACGUGAAGGCUGGUGUAUACAAGGAGAAGAUACACAUGAAGAAAGAUGGCAUCACGUUGAUCGGUGAUGGAAGAUACUCUACGAUAAUUAGCGGUGGAGAUAGCGUUGGUGGUGGGUCCACGAUGCCUGGAUCGGCGACAUUUGCCGUCUUCGGCGACGGAUUCAUCGCUCGCGACAUCGGAUUCCAAAACACGGCAGGACCCAAAGGCGCACAAGCCCUUGCAAUGAUGAUCUCAUCUGACCGUUCAGUUUUCUAUAGAUGUAGCAUAACAGGCUAUCAAGACACCUUAUAUGCACUUGCACUACGCCAGUUCUAUAGAGAAUGUGACAUUGCUGGAACCAUUGAUUUUAUAUUUGGAAAUGCAGCCGCCCUCUUCCAAAACUGUAAUCUCAUCCUACGUCGACCACAGAAUUCAGCCUACAAUGUGAUUCUUGCAAAUGGACGGACAGAUCCCGGCCAAAAUACUGGGUUUUCUCUCCAGAAUUGUAAAAUCAUGGCGGGCCGUGAUCUAUCGCCAGUAAAGCACUCGAUCCAGUCCUUCCUUGGGAGACCAUGGAAGGAAUACUCGAGAGCGGUUAUAAUGCAAUCAAGCGUCGAUGAUGUGAUUUCAUCGAAAGGCUGGGAUGUGUGGGAAGGUAGUUUUGCUCUAAAGACACUAUAUUUCGCUGAAUAUCUUAAUGCGGGGCCCGGAGCUGGAACUUCAGGUCGAGUUAAAUGGUCUGGCUAUCAUCUCAUUGGAACUGAUGAUGCUGUGAAGUUUACUGUUAGUAAUUUCAUCGGUGGGAACUCAUGGUUGCCGUCUACUGGAAUAACUUUCAAUUUAGGGCUUUGAUUUGGAUUGAAUUGUAAUUGUAAUAAGUUUAGUAUUUGAUUUGAUGAGUUUCAAGUGUAAAAAUAAAAAUAAUAAUAAUAAAAGUAUGUCAUUUCUCUCCUUAUCAUGUGGGUGUGAUAUCCAACUUUCAAUGUGCAAAAAUGAGAACCAUUCAGUCAUUAGGUGGGCCACAUAAUAGAAAUAAUUUCUAGCCAUUGAUAAAUAGUAAAAUGCAAGUUAAUUGGUCUACUUCAUGAGUAGACGUGCCUGAUUUUUUCAACCUCAUGAUGAAGAUAACCUAUUGAAUGGGUUGGAUGUUGCUCACACACAUGAAAGGUUGGAAGUUAUAGGUGGGUGGAUGUUAGAUUAUGGUCUAGUCGAGUGGACUUGUAAAAUUCUAUAUGAAAUGGUAGUUUAUUCAAUUCCAUUAAACCUAUUUGUGUUUGUUC